UUUUAUUUCGCUGUCGUUCUAAAACAUGGAAUACCUAGCCUUCCCCACAUAUCAAGCGCUACUGUCCUUGAGAAUGGAUAUCUCAAUUAGUGUACAUACUCUCAAACAGCAAUCACACGAGCUGCAGCACAAUGGACUUAUUAGCCACCAACUCGAAGGCAUCCCCUGAUAUUCAAACAGCGAUUUGUCUCCUCAUCUUUCUGCCAACCCACUCUGCUUCCGACCUGGUUGAGGAGAAAGUUUCGAUUAUCAUGUAUCUGAAUCUAUCGAGUGCAUCGAACAUCGCCGGCAAGAAAUAUUCAAGUGCAGAUCUUCAUGCUGAACGAAGACAAUCUGUUCGGAAUGCGACUCCUCGUGCUCGCAGCAUCCUUGGUCCUCAAAAGUGACAAGAUCUCGUAGGAGCAAUGUUUAUCAAUGGGGCCAUAGGUGGAUGUCGGACGGGGAUUCCAUGAGUGCAGCAACCAAUGCCGGGAGGACGCUUGGCUCAACUGAUCCCAAGGAAA